CAAGUAAGAAAGAAAUCUUGAGAUCCUUUGUGGGAGAGAACUUUCUCUUUUGAGCUCAGAAAUGUCUUCCUACGGUUACAUGUACAAGGGCUAUUCUUCCACCCAAAAUGGGGUGGGGUCCUGUGCGUAUGAUUGGAACAAUUCAAUCUGCUCUUCUUCCUCUGAUGAUGUUUGCUGGCCAGUUCUCGUUGAUGCUGAAGGAAGAGAGAUGCUAGUCAUUUCUUACGACAUUCCAAACAACAACGGUGGGUACUACGUUUCAGAAACUGAGACAACUGUCAGGACUUAUGGAAGCACUGCAGAUGAGGAGGCAUGGAGUAGGCCUUCAAGCCUCGUUCAACGUCCUGUUGAGGACAAAUGGCAUCCACAUACUGAACUUGUCAAUGGUUUCCCAAAGAAGGUCAAUGAGCUAACCAAUAAAGUCCUCCCGCGUUCGGCUGUUCCUUCACCUUAUCAUAGCUCACCUUUGGUUUCUGAGUACAAAAAUAGCUCUAAAACAAAGGUUGAGCCACUUGGAACAAGCAAUGGCCCUGCUGUGAAAAAUCUGGGUAGGCCUUCAAGCAACGUUGAGAGGAGCACCGUUGAGAAGAAUUUGGGUAGGCCUUCAAGCACUCUUGAAGCAAGGCUAAGGAAUCUUGAGGGCAAAGAAUUGGGACGUUCUGCUGGCUCAGCUAAAGGCAAGCCUAAGAUAGAGGCCUAUGACAAGGAUCGAAAGAAGGCAACUGGAGGACUAAUAACCGCUGCAAAGACUUAUAAUCCUGCAGCAGAUUCUACUCUUGCACAAACAGCAGUGCAAAAGGAGAAGGCUGAGGCAGAACCUCCUCAGACCAUGGAAAUAGAGGUUCCUGUUACAGGUGAAGAAAAGAAAGAGAAGAAGAAAAAGAAGAAGAAUGCUGUUAAAGAGACUGAUGGAAAUGAACCAGAAAGUGAAGAGCCAACGACAGAAAAGAAGAGUAAGAAGGAAAAGAAGGAAAAGAAACAUCUUGCUGAAAAUGUCGACACACUAGAAAAUGGAGAGAAAAAGAAGAAGCGAAAGCAUGAGGAGCAAGAUGAAGAAACUAACAUGCAUGACAAGAAGAAAGAGAAAAAGAAGAAGAAGAAAAGUCAGUAAUGAGAAAAUAUAUGGAAGAAUUCAAUCACUUUCUGUGGAACAAUUUUGGAUACGUUAGAAGUCAGGUCUUCAACAUGUAAAAUGUGGCUAGUGUGACCUCUUUACUAAUCAUGUUUUUUUUUUUUCUUAUUAUGAACUGUAUUGCAACAAGACCAUGUGGGGGCAUUUUCCAUUUCUUUUUAUUUAAAUUUAUUUCCGGAAUUGAUUUAUCAACUGCUGGUAAUGGAUGACAAUGAGUAUCCUUAGCCUUUGCUUCAAAGUGUCAUUCAUAGCUCCAUUUUUCCAAAUCUUGAAUUGCAGGUGAAUUUGUUUAUUCUUUGGGGACAAGAAGUGGCUGCCUUCACUAACAAAUGUAAAAGUAGGUG